AUGGAUUCCUUUAUGGAGUUUUACUUCGAUGAAGUGUUCAGUACUAUACAGCGUGACGGUUUAAAUGAGAGAUUUAAAAGACGUGAAUUAGUGGAGUAUUUCAAUACAGUGAUCGCUGGAUGUGCUAAAGGUCAAAACAAGUCGGAUAACGCAACAUGUAAAUCCUUUGUAUCCUCAGCACUUAGAUACCACAAUCGUUGCAAAACAGAUAAUGGUGAUGUAUGUCUAAUGGGAAAAUACCAUAACCUUCUCUAUAUAGCUAUGAAACUAGCUUUCGACUGGAGUCUACAAGAUAAUGGUACCGUGGCCGCUUUGUUAGAUGAGUUGUAUGCUUGUGAAGGUACUUUUGAGCGAAUAUUUCUCGGUGCAAUUUUUGGCACAUCGGCUCCAUAUUUCUUAGCUGGAUGGAAGUCUGAUUUUAUGGAUAAAGAAGAAAAUGUUCACGCUUUGGUGUUUUUCUUGGAUCACGCGACAAACGCUGGCUUAGAGUACAAAGACGGUGCCAAGAGUUAUCGUUUCAUAGAUGUUCCACUAGAAAGUUGUGGAAGAGCAUCUCCAGUAAGAGUUGUUAUACAAAUGGGAGCGUCUGAGAUACUUAUGAUACUUCUGAGAUUCGGUGCCAGGAUAACAUCUGACCACGUAUCAUCCAAUCCAAUUGAAUCCAUACUAGAUAGAUUGAAAGAAUACAAUAGAAAGUAUCCAUACGAACUUGUAUCAUGUCUUCAAUUGACCCUAAGAGCUGUACCUAGAAUUAAUUUAACCGUAGAUAAAGCUGCAUUGAAACAUUUAGAAUUGCCCGAUGACUACAAUUAUCAAAGGAAAUUAAUUUUAGAAAAAUAUGGUGAAAUAUUAGAAGAUCAUUUAAUACCGUCUUCAAGAUGUGGCUUAAAACCCGUAGAGUUAAAACAUCUCUGUAGGUGUAAAAUUAGACAAAUGCUAUGGGAAAAUUUUGAGCUGCCAUUUGGUAUUCAAAAGCUACCCGUGCCUACAACAUUGAAGAAGUAUUUGGAUUUGUUUGAUGAUUAAAUUUUACAAAAUA